GUUUCAUCUUCCUAGGCCGAUAGAGGGGAACGUUUAUUCCUGUUCUUGAGUUUUACACGGAAAUUAAUCAGCGCGGACAUUGUGAGAAGAAGAAGAAAAGUCUUGUAUAGAUUACAAGUACCAUGCAAUGAAAAGACAAUGUGGAUCGUCAGACGUCUUCUCUUUUCCGCGGGCUUAAGAGGUCAUUAUGGAUUACUAUGUCGUACAACGGGUUCACUCCCUGAGGUCAAACCUAGAUACCUCCAAUGCACAUGUUGUUGGCGAAGCCGCAUCACUAUUGCUGGCUUCGACGCUUUGAAUGGUACCCUGUCCUCUGAAUUAUGCAGUGACGAUAAGAAAUCGUUGGAUACCUUAUACACACCUGAACAGCGAGCUGUCAUCCUGCAGCUUCUAAAUAAUGCUGCGGAGUCGGAACUUGCCACCAUAAAACUUUUGAGAGGACGCAAAUCUGUUAAUAUACUGGACUACAGAAGUCGACACGGGCCCUUCAAAACCCUUGAAAGUGUCAUAAAUGUACCUUUAGUAAAGCACAAGAGUGCGGUCAUUGUUUUCAACUCCAUCCUUAACCCACCGGAGAAGAAAGAGAAAAGGAAAACAAAGAUACAGCUUGCCAGAUUCACCAGACCAGAGAUUGAUCGAGGAGUCUUAGAGGACGCUAACUCGAUCGUGUCCAUCAUAUGUGGCACAAACAAAGUUGCGUGGACUCAUAUGGACCGUGCCUUCACAGUGCUGGACUGGCAGCAGCAGGAAUGCAAUAGUUUCAUGAAAGGGACGUACAUGGCCUCAUCCUACCUAGAUGACAUUGCAUCUGUUGUGUCACUCAUCCCUGCUGCGGACUUCUUCAUCGUCGAGAAGCCCGGGAUCUCUGCACAGAACACAUCGCUUUUCCCCGUCAUGGCUCACCUCCGCACCGUGGAGGCCAUGCUCUUCGCCCUGCUGGCUCAGCGGCACGAAGUCGGCGACUCACCCAGAGUUCUGAACAUGAUGCGCUUGGCCGUCGGCCGCCACUUUGGUCUCAUAGUGGGCGAGUCGCGAACCAGCGGAGCGCAGGUGGUACGUCAGAUGAUGACCGAGUCGGUGACCAAGAAGGCGUCUCGAGUCACUUUCCCCCACGACCUGCUGGUGAAGUAUCGGAACGCGUUUCAGAUGGGCAGUCGCAACCGCGGGGAGGAAAUGUGCGAUGCUCUGUUGCAGGCUGUGGCGUUCUAUGAGCUCCUUGGGGAUUAGACGACACCCGUUUAUUUGGCACAUUUGACCUUGGGUUAUGUCGCUGCCUCACGGGUCAGCCCUCGGCUAAACUACCGCUGGUGUCUCCAGUCUAUUCGGGUUGUUUGGUCCUCACCGGUGGUUUUUCUCCCUACAUGACUGUCACCAAAGCAUUUAGCUCUGCACAUUUUAUUAAACCGGUUACUGAACAUUCAUUUCUCCAGUAUGAAAAAUUGGCUUGGGUCAAUCGUCCUGACACAUCUACUGUUGGAUUGCCUCCUCCUGAAACAUGUUGUAAUGUUUUAUUUAUGAUCUCAAUCUUCUGCUUUGGAUUACUCCACUUCCAUAACUGGGUUCAGAGAGCCAGCUGAGCUGAAAAGUGUGAUGCAAUUUUGUAACAGAUGAGUCACCGUUUACCACAAACCCUGAAAUACCUCCUUUUGCUCACCACGUUCACACUUACAAAAAAUAAAGGUUAAUUUAUUGAAAAAU